AUGCUACUUCCAUGCCCAAAAGAACCUGAGUUUGGAGUGGAUCCGACGGGAGUUGGGGUUGGUGUCUGUGCAAUGGAGGGUCCUGGUGGAGCUGUAGGGGAUCCUGGCAUGGCCGGUGCAGGUGGCGAGCUCGAAGAUGGCCCUGGGCUUGGACUUGAUGGGACUUUAGUAGGGGAAGCCGCCAUUGGAGGCGGCAUAGCUGGGGUUUUUGGAGCACCCGCUGGGCUGACUCCAGGAGGGGAAGCCGCCAUUGGAGGCGGCAUAACUGGGGUGGUGGGAGGAGGAGUUUCCAUGGUCAUGGGCGGUGGUGUCAUCAUAGGCGGUGGUGUCAUCAUAGACAUUGGCGAUGGUGCCAUCAUAGCCGUCGGCGGCGGUGCCAUCAUAGUCAUCGGCGGCGGUGCCAUGGUGGUGGGCGUUGAAGGGGCGGAAUAUGUCGGUGCUGAGGAUGGCCCUUGA